CACACAAUUACGCCAAUCGUUCUGACCUUCUCCCCUGGACGCGAUGGGUCGAAUAUCGACUAAGAGGUUUACUUUUUACCUCGUUAUUGUUAUGCUCGUCGCCAGCACGCUCUUCUGGUUCAGAUGCAUGGAACUGAGCUAUCCAUCUGGCAUCCACGAUCAGAUUCGUCGUUUUGUAAACCUAGAAGAUACGAAAAGCGAGGUCGACCUGACGGUUAAGUUCCUGGGCCAAUCGGUCGUUCCUGCUGCAGCGAUCGAACGCCUGGAAAAUGAACUUACAGACCAGCUGACGGGAAACAAUAUCCGGGCUCUAAAGACGAUGUCUUCUUCUGAGCUAGACCCUUUUAUACGCCAAGACGUCUCCGACGACGCGCUCGACGAUUAUCUAGACAAGGAACACUGCGCCUCGUCCGGCUUGAGCCACUAUUGCCUGUUCGUGAUACAUCGAAAUGGCACUAAAAAAAGGGGCGUGAUCGGCCGGCACCGACUGGCGUGGAUAGAAGUAGACAACGCCGAGGUGUCCAACUCUGACACGUCAACCCUGCUGGCUCAUAUGUUGUUGUACAUGACUCGAUGCAAAUUGCAAUACACAGACCUCGGCGGAAAAAACGAGUACAAACUGCUGUUUAAUUUAAUUAAUGAAGACGGCACUCGGGCAAAGAGCUGGGAUUUCGAAGCUAUUGAAAAAGAAUUUUUGGAUCAAACGACUGAGGCUUUAAAUUCUGUACUGAAUUUGACUAUCGAGUCGCAAAUUCUUUAUCAUCACCGACUCAAUCUGGAACCGAUCUACGACCAAAAAAAAUAUUACUAUUUCCCUUUUGACAUGCUCAAGGACAGUCUAAAUUACGAUUCGAUCGCAUCAAGAUCUGGCUUAGAUAAAUCUCCCUUCGAAACGAUAUUAUACUUUAAUCUGUUUAUUCCGUCUACGGACCACUCUCCUCUCGCCGUUCAAGUCUCACCUUCUCAAUACACACCGGCAUUUGUCGACCUCGAUUUUGGUGGAUUCGUGUUUCACUCGUGCGAUCCAGAAGACGCGUCUUCCACGCUCGACUUGGCGGACCUCCGUUUGAGCUUCAGCCUUUUCCGCUCUCAACUCCGCCAAUUGCUUGGGUUUUCAGAAUUCGAAUACGUCCACGUCUUCCAGAACAUAUCCUUUUACCAUAUACCCAAUAAAAAGGUCGGGUUCGCUCAAUGGGAACUAGACUGCCUAGCCAGACACUUGAUAUCCAAAAAUAUACUGGAAGUCAAAAAAAUCCUACAUGCGUUUUCACUAAUCCUAGACCGAAAACACGUAGUCCUAGAAGACCACAUUUUCCGCCUCGUAGAACUGUCCAUUCAAAGCGGUAUCGCAUCCCGCUUACAAAGCGAAAAAGCACUUGAACACUCUUCUCGCUCUCUCUGGUACGCAAAACAACUCGAGUCAGAUCCGGACAUGCUCCCUCUCUACACAUUCCCGACAGAAAAAACGUAUAUCGUAUUCCUUCCACUGGUGAUGUCGCUGCCGUUCCCCGCCAUCAAAUACGUCUUGGAACAAAGAAGAAGAAAAAACGCCAAAUAA